GUUUCUUUUAUUGGAUAAGUUCGAAAAUUCUUGAGAAUACUAGAAUCCUCAUAGAUCCCCAUAAAAACUGCAUUUCAGGUGGCCGAAUUACCCAGACAAGCAAAGCAGAGAAACUCUAAGACAGCUCUCUUAGCUCUUCCUCUUUUCAUUCUACUUAUAAUCUUAUUUUCAUUCCAUUACCGAAUAUGUCUCUGAUUCCAAGCUUCUUUGGCAACCGUCGCAGCAGCAUCUUUGAUCCAUUCUCUCUUGACGUUUGGGAUCCUUUCAAGGACUUCCCUUUCUCUUCUCCUUCUCCAUCACUCUCCACGCGCUCUUCUGAAACCUCGGCUUUUGUCAACACCCGAAUCGACUGGAAGGAAACCCCAGAAGCUCACGUGUUCAAGGCUGAUGUUCCAGGGCUUAAGAAAGAAGAAGUGAAAGUGGAGGUUGAAGAUGACAGGGUGCUUCAGAUAAGCGGGGAGAGGAAUGCAGAGAAGGAAGACAAGAACGACUCAUGGCAUCGGGUGGAACGCAGUAGUGGCAAGUUCAUGAGGAGAUUCAGACUGCCGGAGAAUGCGAAGAUAGAUCACAUCAAGGCUUCCAUGGAAAACGGAGUGCUUACUGUUACUAUUCCCAAACUUGAAGUAAAAAAGCCCGAUGUGAAGUCGAUUGAGAUUUCCGGCUAAAGAUGUUUGUAACUUGUGAGGGCCUUUCUCCUUUAUUGAGAUUGGGACUUCUGUGCCUAUUGUCAAUUGUGUGUGUCUGUGUGAUAAACAAAGCUAUGGGUACUAUAACUUUAUGUUGUUGAUGAAGUUUGUGUUGUUAAUGUAAAAAAUAAUUGUUACUAAAUGAGUUUAUCCUCCCUGCUUUUGUUA